AUGCGACGCCCGGACCCUAUGAAGACGUUCCCGUCGCUCCUGGCCGCUGCUUCCGCACUCGCUGCUGCCACUGCCAUGACCACGGACCUGCCUUUGUCUCUGAACUCCAACGAGCAGCAAACGUGGGAGGCGUUCAACGACUACGCACUGGAGUACAAGAAGGACUACCUCUUGACCGAGAGCGAAGACGACUUGGUCCAGCUCCGUUUUCGAGCGUUUGCGACGAACUGGAAGCGCAUUCAGCUGCACAAUGAAGCGUACGAACGUGAAGAAGUGAGUUUCACUCUCGGUCUGAACGAGCUCGCGGAUCUCUCGGAUUCCGAGUACAAACAGCGGCUCCAGUAUCAGUACCGGCACCACUCGAAGCGCAAAGCUCAAGCUGUCGAGACGUUCGCCAAGCCCCACGACUUUUCCGAUGUGCCGGAGACGUGGGAUUGGCGGACGCACAAUAUCGUGACACCUGUGAAGAAUCAGGGCCAGUGUGGCUCGUGCUGGGCCUUCUCAGCUGUCGCCGCCAUGGAAUCAGCCUAUGCACUAAGUACAGGCACCCUUGAGUCCUUUUCUGAGCAAGAGCUCGUGGACUGUACGCUUGGAGGAAUUGAUACCUGCAAUCACGGUGGCGAGAUGAGUGAAGGGUACCAAGAGAUCAUCGAUCACCACGGGGGUAAAAUUGACCGGGAGACGGACUACGAGUACACGGCCGAGUCCACAGGCGUGUGUAACGCCAAGGACGACAAAGCCGUGGGCCACUUUACAGCAUUUGCCAACGUGACAUCGGGGGAUGAAGAGGCACUGCAGGCUGCCAUUGCUACUAAGGGCGUCCAAGCAGUGGCUAUUGACGCCAGCAGCUUUACGUUUCAACUGUACCGCCACGGUGUCUACAGCUGGCCGCUGUGUGGCAACGCACCAGAUGCACUGGACCACGGUGUGGCAGCAGCUGGCUACGGUGUUUUCAACAAGAAACACUUUUGGCUCGUUAAGAAUUCGUGGGGCGACACGUGGGGCAUGAAGGGCUACAUUAUGAUGAGUCGCAACAAGAACAAUCAGUGCGGGAUCGCCACCGACGCGUCUUAUCCUAUUAUGACCAAGGAGACGAGUGGUGCUGCGAUUGAGGACCAUAUCGAGGUCCAGGAAAUGAGCGAAGUUGCCAGUGUCAUGUAA